AUGGAAUAUCUGCUGCUUCCCUCCGGAGACCUGGUACCUACCUGGUCCCUGAAUUUUCUCUCACCCAGAGAGGCCAGAAAAGAAAACUGGGGCAGACAGCAAAAGAGGGAGAGAAACCAGCCCACUGGCCGGAGAUGGGAGCUCUUUGAGCCCGUGAGCUGCACCUACACCUACCUGCUCGCGGACCUGAAGACCAAGGAGGCGGUUCUGAUCGACCCGGUUCUGGAGACGGCCAAGCGGGACGCGGAGCUGGUGAGGGAGCUGGGCCUCAACUUACUGUAUGCAGCCAACACCCACUGCCACGCCGACCACAUCACAGGCACCGGGCUGCUGAAGAAGAUGCUGCCCGGCUGCCGCAGCGUGAUCUCCCGGGACAGCGGGGCCUUGGCCGACAUCCUCAUCCGCGAGGGCCACGCCCUGGAAUUCGGGGCCUUCGCCCUGGAAGCCCGCUCCACCCCCGGACACACGGACGGCUGCCUGACCUACGUGCUUAGUGACAGGACCAUGGCCUUCACCGGGGACGCGCUGCUGAUCCGGGGCUGCGGCCGCACCGACUUCCAGCAGGGCUCCUCGGAGACCCUGUACCGCUCCGUGCAUGAGAAAAUCUUCACGCUCCCCGGAGACUGUCUGAUCUACCCCGCCCAUGACUACACGGGCCAGACGGUGUCGACGGUGGAUGAAGAGAGGACCCUGAACCCCCGACUGACCCAGAGCUGCGAGGCCUUUGUCCAGCUGAUGAACAACUUGAACCUUCCUCAACCCCAACAAAUUGAUUUUGCCGUCCCAGCGAACCUCAAGUGUGGGAUACAGGAUGCAGCGACUUAGCCCCGCCCUCUUUCUCCAAUGCCACGCCUCUCAUAUUAAGACCCACCCACCUCAUCAUAGGCCACACCCUCUCAUUGAUCCUUAUGAUGAUGGAAGGUCCUUUGGCCUGGGGCUGGCUGUCCCUGACUCUCACUUGGGUCCCUCCCCUUAAGCAAAAUCUGGGGCCUCCCUCUUUGGGGUCUUGAGUUGGAGGGCGCAUCCCUUAAGUGGGGAGGGGGUUAAUGAUCUUCAACCAUGGCAGCUUCCCUUC